AUAUAAUAACAAUGGUGGUUGCAGUGUCCCGUUACGUUUCCUUGUCGUUAUAAGAUUUCGUUUCUGUGAUGAAAAUAAAAAUAUCUCCAUCUCCGAUCUGAAACAUAACGGAAUCUAUAAUGGAUACCACCGCCGUCGUUCCACCACCUCACGUACUCGUCUUCCCGCUACCGGCACAGGGCCAUGUCAACUCCAUGCUCAAGCUUUCAGAGCUUCUAUGUCUCUCCGACAUCCACGUCACCUUCCUCGUCACCGUCCCCACUCACGGCAGCCUUCUUGCGCACACCGACGUCGGGUCCAGAUUCGGCGAGAAAUUCCGGCUGGAAACUCUCCCCGACGGGAUCCAUCAGGAUGAUCUCCACACUCUUGACGGCUUCAUGGAGAAUCUCAACACCUUAGAGUCCGUGGGGAGGCCGUUUCUUAAAGAAUAUCUCGGAGGAGGUCACCGGAGAUGCCCGUUCUGGCCGCCGGUGAGUUGCGUGAUAACAGAUGGAGCAUUGGUGAGCUUAGCGGUUGAUGUGGCAGAGGAAUUCAAGUUGCCCACCAUUGUUUUCCAAACAAUCAGCGUUGCUGCCUUCUGGUGUUAUGUCUGCACCCCAGAUCUCAUCCAAUCCGGCGAGCUUCCCAUCAAAGGAAACGAAAUGGAUUUGGCAACGAAGGUAAAGGGCAUGGAAAGUUUUCUCAGGCUAGGUGACCUGCCAAGCUUUUGCCAAUUGCAGAAUUUGGAAACCCCCAUUUUCAGAACUUUGGUGAAGGAGAAACUGCAAACAACUCGAGCAAGAGGAGUAAUCUUCAACACAUUUGAAGAACCCAUACUCUCCCAGGUAAGAACAAUGUGUCCAAAUGCAUACGCAAUCGGACCGGUUCAUGCGCAUUUGAAGGCCAGACUGGACGCAAAUCCGCCUUCUUCAAACAGUUUACGGGAUGAAGAUAGAAGCUGCCUGAGCUGGCUGGAAAACCAGCCGGAAAAAUCAGUGAUUUAUGUAAGUUUUGGGAGCUUAGCAGUGGUGACCAGAGAGCAGUUACUGGAGAUUUGGCAUGGGUUAGUGAACAGCGGGCAGAGGUUCUUGUGGGUUCACCGACAGGACCUCGUGGCCGGAGAAAAUGGCGGAGAUUGGGUUCCGACAGAGCUUGAGGAGGGUUUGAAAGCAAGAGGGUACAUGGUGAGAUGGGCGCCGCAAGAGGCGGUGUUGGAGCAUCCUUCUGUCGGGGGAUUCUUUACUCAUUCUGGGUGGAAUUCAACUCUGGAAAGUAUAGUCGCCGGCGUGCCGAUGAUAUGCCGGCCGUGCUUAGGCGAUCAGAACACGAACAGCCGGAUGGUGGAGGCGGUGUGGAAGAUUGGAAUGGACAUGAAAGGUAGGUGCGACAGAGUCACGGUGGAGAAGAUGGUUAGAGAUGUUAUGGAGAAGAGAAAAGAUGAGUUCUUACAGAGAGCAGAAGAGGUGGCUAAAUUGGCCGGAAAAGCUGUCGGUGAAGGUGGAUCGUCGUGUUCUAAUCUCCGACGUCUAGUUGACGACAUCCGGUCAAGGGCGCUUUCUCCAAUGAGGACAUAAUUUUGUAAUUUUAACAUAAUUUGAUCAUUUGUCUAUUUGACCGUUUGUUGACUGCACUUUUUUAGAAUAUGUAUGUAAUUUUAUGGUCCAUCGUUGGUUUUUUAA